CACACACACUCACACAGGACAUAACUAGGCUGGUACUGGAACACUGUGUGGAAUGGAUAACUAACGAUAGGCAUGAAAUUGAGCUUCAAAAAAUGACACACACAUUAGGCAAAUGGGCAGUUCCCCAGAAUCAAAUCAUCUCAAAAUGCAGAGAAACCCAAACAAGGCCUAAUAAUAAGGAAGAACAAUCAGUGAUUCUUCCUCUUUCCAGAAGAUGCGCAAUUCUAACUCCAUUGCUGUCAAUUACCCUCAUUUCAUCGACUCCUCCUCCUCCUUCCUUUGCAAGAGAGAGAAGGAGCAAGAAAAUCAUCCCUCUUGAAGACUAUCUUACUAGCCCUGAUGGAUUGAAGUAUUACGAUAUCGAUGAAGGGAAGGGACAAGUGGCUGUAAAGGGAUCAAUAGUUCAGGUUCAUUUUGAUUGUGUAUAUCGCAAUAUAACAGCUGUAUCAAGUCGAGAAUCUAAGCUUUUGGCUGGAAAUCGGAUCAUUGCACAGCCAUAUGUAUUUGUAGUGGGUUCAACUCCUGGGAGAGAACGGAAGCGCGACUUUGUUGAUAACCCAAAUGGACUAUUUUCUGCCCAGGCAGCACCUAAACCACCACCGGCUUUGUAUAAUAUCGUUGAAGGAAUGAAACGGGGAGGCAAGAGGACUGUGAUAGUCCCCCCUGAAGCUGGAUUCGGGAAGAAAGGGUCAAACGAGAUUCCGCCUGGUGCAACAUUUAAUCUGAACAUUGAGCUCUUGGAAGUAACUCGACCAGAGAAAAGCAGUUAAUAUAUACUUAUGUAUUCUCAUCCUGAUCGAUCCCAACAAUUUUGUAAUACGAUGAUGAAGCAAAUGGCUGCUUAGCCUGCUACCCCUGGAAAACACUACACUGAGAUUACUUAACACCUAUGUACAAAUAUCUUAUACGUACUCUUGUUCUUAUGUGUCUCUUCAUAUUCUUCAACUCCUUUCUAUCUUACUUUUCCUUAGUAAGAGGUUUUCCUAACUAUGAGAAAAGUAAUGUUAAUACAUAUAACAUUUAUGAUUGAA